CGUGCGUUUUGUUCGCAUUUCAUAUAUAGUAAAGUGAGAAAUUCCCAACAAAACGAUCCGCAGUGGCCAGAUUUUUGUAUUUAAAAAUUGGUACAACUGAAAGAAGAUCUGUCAAAAUAAUAAUAAAAAAAAACACACAAAUAAGAAGAAAGUUUUGUGAAAAUCAAAAGUCAAAAUUAACUUAACAAGAAAAACUAACUAAAACUAAUAAAAUGGAUAAUUUUCAAGAAGAAAUGCUUUUGCGUGAAUUGAUCGAGUCCAGUGCCAGCGGGAAUGAGUCUGAAGAAGAAAUGCUUUUGCGUGAAUUGAUCGAGUCCAGUGCCAGCGGGAAUGAGUUCAUACUAGGAAUGUUUUUUGAAGAGCAUACUAGUCUCGAAGACUCAACAGAAGACAAAAAACAUGCCACUGUAGAUUCCUUUAUAAUGACCAUUGAGUCUUUCAGUGAAGAAGAUUUCAAAUCCCACUUCAGAUUGCGGCGUUCAACAAUAGAGCGUCUGAUAACAUCUUAUUCUCAGCAUUAUUUGUCUCUUCACGCAGUAAAUAGAGGAGGACGCAUUAAAAUAGGGUGCAGAAAAGAAGUGUUUAUGUACAUUUGGUACAUCAGCAACACUGUGACCUUUCGACAAUUAGCAAACCUUUUCGGUGUAACAAAGUCCUCCUCAUGGGUUGUAGUGAAUCGAGUUUGCAAGUGGCUGGUAUCCAAAGGACAGGACUACAUAAAAUGGCCUCAAGGAAAUGCUGUUACCGAAAACUGCAGAAAAUUUGAAGAAAAAAAAAGAAUACCUGGUGUUCUGGGUGCAAUAGACUGCACCCACAUAACAAUCGUAGCUCCAAAGAUCGACAAAGUGUGCUACUACAACCGCAAGCAUAAGUUUACAAUUAUCUUGCAAGCUGUCGUCGAUGCAGAUAAAAAAUUCAUUGACAUCAAUUGUGGUGAGCCAGGAUCUCUACACGAUAGUAGAGUUCUCAGGCGUUCUCAGUUAUUCAAAAAGGCUUUGAGCCACACCAACCAACUAUUUCCGGCAAAUUCUUUUAUUUUGGGUGAUUCAGCGUAUGCCGCUUCAAACUGGCUAGUGCCACCAUACAAAGACAAUGGCAGAUUAACAGAACAACAAAGAACGUUUAAUUAUGUUCAUUCUGCUACAAGAAUUGUUGUAGAACAUGCCUUCGGCUUGUUGAAAGGAAGGUUUAGACGACUUCUUAAGUUCACUGAACAACGAGAUAUUCGUUCGGUAACAAAUCUCGUUGUCAGUGCAUGCAUUCUGCACAAUUUAUGUAUCGCGAUGGGCGACACAUACAACGACGAAGGAAUUAGCCAAGAAGAAGAAACCGACACAAUAGAUGCAGCUGAAUCAACCUCGAACCCAACAACAAAUCGUCGUCAAAUAUUGUUCGAAUACUUACGUGAACAUAACAUCAUCUAAAUAAAUAAAAACAUAUACACAUAACAUUUUA